AUCGCAUCUGGUUCGGACGAUAAGACUGUGCAGAUGUGGGAUGCAGCGACAGGUCAGCUAUUGGGUGAGCCCUUGAAGGGGCAUACUGGAGGGGUUUUCUCAGUCUCGUUCUCACCAGAUGGUACUUGCAAUCGCGUCUGUCAAAGUGCAGCUAUUCGCCCAGCCAAGAGAUCCAGAUUCUUUCGCCUCUCCGUUGCAUCAAAGCACCGCAUGUCCCACCCAAGAAGGCCGUGUCAUACCAACCAACACUGUAACAAUCGCCUCGUUUCCUUCUCGUCCAACUUGAAACACGCUUUGCCCAACCCCUCGGACUUGCUCGAACCCCCCUCCCAUGAUUCUGAUUCAACCCCUUUCUUGCUGCAAGCUGAUGGAUGGAUGACGGGACCCAAUCAUCGGCUCCUUUUCUGGGUACCUCCCACUUCCCGACAUGCAUUUUAUACUCCUUGGACUUCAUUGGUGAUACCCACAGGAUAUCCUGAGCUUGAUUUGAGCCGCAUGGCCCAUGGAACACACUGGUCGAGUUGCCGAGAUGCGUGACUCCACGUAAAGAUUUUAUUGCAGAUAUGAUAGAACUUAACCAUUCCUCCAAAAUAGCCGAGCUACGAUCCAGAAUGGAUUGGAACUGGUUCGUCUGAAUCAUCAUUCGCGCCAGGGCCCUACGUCGCUAGGGUCUAACCUACACCCUAACCACGUGAAUGCGAGCUAGCAGAUGCUACUGGGUGUGAGAAGAGGGUCUUGGUAGAGUUGAUUCCAGCUUAUCGGCGGUCCACGAAUGGAGGAACAAGUCAAGUGACGACCCUAGGCGCAGACGAGGCAAAACACGAGUCAAAUAGAAUAGAUGGAAGGCCCGUAGCGUAGAAGCUGGUACGGAUUGUCGCAGGUAGAAUCAGUAACAUUGAGAGGAUGCGUUCUUAA